AUGUGGAAGUUGGUUCUAUUUGCUGAGACAGAGGAUGCCUUUAGGAAAGCAUGGGCAAACCUUUGCAAAGAGUUUAAGGACCAACGGCCUAUUCUGAACUACCUGCAUGGAAUAUAUCUACCACUAAGGGAGCAGUGGGCACGUUAUUCUAUUCGCCAGUACCGAAACUUCGGCAUCCGUGUAACCUCAGGGACGGAAUCAAGCAACAACAACAUCAAGGGCUAUCUUCUUAAUGGACUUAGCCACCUAUAUCACUUAGUUAAUGUGAUGCAGGAUAUGCUUAAGGAUCAAGAGGUUCGCUUCAAGCAAGCUUGUGCACAGGAUGAGAUCCUCACAAGCCGUGAGUUUAUAGGGAACAGAUCUGAGUACCUUGGGGAGCUUCGAACAAUACUCUCAUCGCAGUGUCUUGGUUUGAUUACGAAGCAAUACCGUCUGGCAAAGAAGGCUCUACCAACAGGUAGAAAUCCAUUUCCAGCGCCUCUUAGAGACUGCACAGAGGACUGUACUGUCUCUAUAGAGUAUGGUAUCCCAUGCUGCCAUAAGAUCUACUCUAAACUUGUAGAUGGGGUACAGUUUAUGAAGGAUGAGGUUCACCCACGAUGGCGGCUGCGGGAGUCUUCUUCCCAGGAUCCAUAUCGACGGAUCCUUGAUCCGAAGAUUGCAGGAAACCUCCGUGGCAGACCUAAGAACUCAAUGCAGCCAGUCCCAUCAUCCCUAUCAUUAAGGGAUAGCACCCAAUCAAGCAACCAGCUAGCUAGACAAUCACACAGCCAACUACAAAGUCAACAACCUAGCCAAUUAGCAGCAGGGCGCAGGCGUGGCAGACCACCAGGAAGCCGUAAUAGGACCACCUUAGCAAGGCUUACACAAGAGACAGCCAGUAGCCAGGCGCCAACCUCUUCCCAGCGGCAGACACGAAGCCAAGUAACUACUCUUAGUACUGGCCGAUCAACUGGCCUUCGUUCGAAUGGAAGAAGAUUACAGGCAAGCAUCCGUAGGACGAGGAGUCAAUGGGAACUACUUAGUAGUAGUGAUGAGAGUCUCAAACGUUGA